AAUGAGUGAUUUACUUAAAUAAACUCUUAAGGCUUAACAAAAAUAGAAACCACCUGUUCCAAAGAAAUAGAUGCAGAGUAUUAUAAUAUAAAUAUUGAAAGAUGAAGAUGAAGAUGAAGGUGAUGACAAAGAUGAGGAAUAAGAUUAAUUUGAUGUAGAUUUUAAGUAAAUCGAAUGAUUAAAUAAUUUGUAGCAAGAAUUCAAUUCCAGUAAAAUUACAAGGAUCUAAACCAUAACCAAUAAAAGCAGAUCAUAAUUUAACUCAUUGUAAAAUUAUAUAUAUAUAUAUGAUAAGCCCAUCAUUAAAAUCCUUAAUAAGCAAAAAUAACUAAAAAGAUACAUGAUUAUUCUCCUUAAAAGUGGAAUGAUUUUUAUGAUGAGAUGAUAUUCCAUCCAAAUGUAAGAAAGUAGAAAUAAAAUAGGGAACACCAAUAUACAUUGCUGGAAAAAAUAAAGCACCUAUAUUUUUAUGUUUACAUGGAGCUGGACAUUCUGCAAUGUCAUUCGCGAAUUUAGCUAAUGAAGUAAAAUAAUAUGCUACAUUGAUUUCAUUUGAUUUCAGAGGACGUAAAAAUACUAACUAAAAUAUUAGAUGGUCAAUCAAAAAUUGAAUUAGAGAAUCCAAAUCUAAGUGUUUAAUAAUUAUUGGAUGAUGUAAUUGAAAUAUUCGAUUAUGUGACUACAUAAUGGCCAAAACAAACAGUGAUAAUAGUUGGUCACUCUAUGGGUGGAGCUAUUGCAGCAAAAUCUGCAAAUUUAUUAAUCACAUCAUAAAAGGCAGAUAAAGUUUAAGGUAUUUUGGAUUAAUAUAGAUACAAUUAGGUUUGAUUGUUAUAGAUGUAGUUGAAGGAAGUGCAAUUGAAGCAUUACCAUUUAUGGAACAGAUUGUUAAUAAUAGGCCUAAACAUUUUAAAUCCUAUGAGUAAGCAAUUUAAUGGAGUUUGAAUACAUCAACAUUAAUGACUUUAUCAUCAGCCAGAGUGUCAAUACCUGCAUAAUUAAAAGAAGUCUAAGAUUAGAAUGGGAAUUUAAUUAGUUUAGAUUGGAAGGUUGAUUUAUUGAAGACUUCACCUUAUUGGAUGGGUUGGUUUGAAGGAUUAACAGAUUCGUUCCUGUAAAUAAGAAUACCUAAAAUUUUAAUGUUGGCUGAGAAAGAGAGAUUAGACAAAGAUCUUACUGUGGCUUAAAUGCAAGGAAAGUUUAGAUUGAUUGUGUUGUAGAAUACUGGUCAUAGCAUUUAAGAAGAUGAUCCUAAAAGCACUGCUUAUAAUUUCCAUGAUUUUAUAUUAAAAUUUAGAAUCCCAACUACUGUAGAGGAAGUUGAUAAACUUAAAUAAGUAGGAAUUGGAAAGUUUCAUCCCACCAUUGGGAAUUAUGAAUAUUAAUAGAAAUAUUAUUGA